GCUUCUGCUGUUUCUGGAAAUCCACAAUUAACCAGAAGAUUUAAAAAACUGCCUCCUAUACAGAACUUUUUUUUCCUCGUUGCUUGUGAUCCAAGUUAUACAAAUAUAAAAUGUCUGAUUCUAAAUAUGUGAAUGAUGAAGACUUUGAUGAUGACAUCCCCACCCAGAAUGUUAUUCAACAAAGCUUGCAGCAUAUCCAUAGAAGUGAGACAGUUACAGAUACUGCAGAGAGUGAUAGAUUCCAUUUUGUUAUGAGCAAAGAACAUGGAAAGAUAAUCACAGCAAUACGUGCAGGCCAAGAAGCAGUCUUGCUGAAGUUGAUGGGGCACUGUUUUGCUUUUAAGGAAGCUGAUCAGCGAGGCUGGCUUCCUUUGCAUGAAGCUGCAGCACAAUUAAACAAGAACGUCCUAGAAAUAACUCUGAAAGCUUCAGACCCCAUUGUGUGGGAGCAGACCAGUCUGAAAGGGGAAACUCCUCUCUUUGUAGCAGUAGACAAAUGCUUCUUAGACAAUGUCCACUUUCUCCUGCUCAGUGGCUGCAACCCUAAUGUUAAGAAUGAAGAAGGAGAUUCUUCUUUAGUUAUAGCAAUUAAACAUGAUUUAUAUGAAAUUGCCUCCCUGCUGAUAAGGUUUGGAGCAAAUGUAAACUUGCAGUGUGUCAAUAAGAGGACAGCUUUACAUGAAGCAGCCAGACUAGGCAGGAAAGAUAUGGUGAACCUUCUGCUUUGUUCUGGAGCUGAUCCUGAUCCCCGCAGUGCAUAUGGGCUCACUCCCCUAGCACUGGCUGCGCAGAUUGGGCAUACAGAAAUUAUGGAAAUUUUACUGCGAAAAGGUGCUGAUGUCCUUUCGCAGGCAGCUGAUUGUGCUUCCAUAUUAUUUGAAGCUGUUGGAGGAGGAAAUCCAGAUUCACUGUCUCUUUUACUAGAGUAUGGAGCUGAUGCCAAUGUGCCAAAACACACAGGUCACUUGCCUAUCCAUAGAGCUGCAUACAGAGGACACUUUCUAGCUUUAAAGCAAUUAGCUUCAGUUACUGAUUAUGCUGCCAUUAAGGAGAGUGGGAUAAGUCCAGUUCACUCAGCAGCAGCAGGAGCACAUCCUCAGUGCCUUGAGUUUCUCCUCAAAUCUGGGUUUGAUGCCAAUUUCAUGUUGCAUGAGAGGGUUUGCAAAGGCUAUGAUGAUCAGAGGAAAUCAGCUUUAUAUUUUGCUGUCUCAAAUGGGGAUAUUUGCUCAACUCAGCUGCUUCUGGAUGCUGGAGCCCUGCCAAAUCAAGAUCCCAUUAAGUGCCUCCAGCUAGCCUUGAGAAUGGGCAACUAUGAGCUAAUCAAUCUACUGCUUCGGCAUGGGGCCAAUGUAAAUUACUUCUGCAGAGUGAAUACGACGCAUUUCCCCUCAGCUCUGCAGUAUUCUCUAAAAGAUGAAAUCAUGUUACGAAUGUUGCUGAAUUAUGGGUAUGAUGUGUACCGCUGCUUUGAUUGUUUUCAUGGAGACAACAUUCAUUCCCCAUAUGCCUUUGAAGGAUGGACUCCUUCUGUUAUCAAAGACAACAUGUUCUGUGAAGUGAUAACUCUAUCGUGGCUGAAGCACAUAGCUGGGAAAGUAGUGCGAGUGAUGCUAGAUUAUGUUGAUCAUGUUAGCAUCUGCUGUAAGCUGAAAGCAGUUCUGGAGGAACAGACACUAUGGCCAGAAAUCAAUUCCAUUUUGACAAAUCCACGUUCUUUGAAACAUCUUUGUCGUCUGAAGAUUCGGAAAUGCAUGGGUCAUUUGCAUCUGCGUUGUCCUGUCUUCAUGACAUUCCUUCCACUGCCCAAUCGGUUGAAAGAAUAUAUACUGUACAAAGAAUAUGAUCUUUACGGACAAGGAAACUUGCUAGGAACCCACUAACCCAACUGCAUAGAAUCAUAGUCCUAUAUUUUUGAGAGAGGAUGCAAGUGGACAAAGACUAUAUUGUGUGCAAUUCUUUUUCUCUACUGGGAUUUUAGCUUCUAAAAACCAACAAGUCACUUUGGUGAAAAUUUUUCUGGAUAAAAAUAAAAAAGUAUAGUACAGAAUAAGUAUUAGUAUUAGAAAGUAUUAGUAGCCCUCUUAGCAGAAAAAGCAUCCAGAACUUAACAGAAGCAAUUACAGGUAAUGGCAAUAUAAUUUUAAAGUUAUCUAGCAUCAACGCUUAGGUCAGCAUUUUCAAACAACAUAUAGAAUGGGAAGUGUCCUUCAAGACAGGUGGGUCAGGUUGUAACUAGGAGUUCAAAUUCUUCUCCCAACUUCUUUGGGCUGCAACUCUUGUUAUACUUCUACAUUCUGCUUCUGGUUGGAGCAAAGUACUGUCCUAACAACCUACAUGGUGGUAUUUCAAUUUCUGACUAGAACCAGCGAGAGGCAGAGGCUUUCUUCUCCCCUCACUCCCAAGCAAGAAGAGCUGGACGGAAGAUGAAGUUGUUUGACAAGGUUUUGACUUUUCAAGGUUUGUUAUUUCAUCCAAUUAGCCAAUCCCCAGUUUUAAACAGUGAAAUGGGGUUAAUGGCCAUGGAAUUCUUUUUAUGAACAGAACAUCAGUCAGUAGUGAAACAUUAGUGGGUUUUUUUAUUAGAUGUCUGCUUUCCUGCUAGAUAGGGUAGUUCCACAUCUCAUUCUUGGUAUUUAAAUGUCUUGUUACCAUAGUAAUUAAGUGCUGGUCUUCAUAUAAUAUGAUCUAGAGCAAUCUUAUUUUUUCUUCUGAAAAGUUAUUUAUAAGGAUGUCCACAGAUGUUUGGAGUAUAUUUUGGCCCAGCUCCCUCAAUUUCCCACCUAUUGCCAUAUUUGGGGGACAAGUUUAAAGAGUAUUGGUUGAAUUUACUUUGUAUCACGUGUGGCAUUUGAGUACCAUCCAAUGCAAUGUUAAUGCAGAACUUGGAAAUGUAAAAUGAAUUAUGAUUAGGCCCUGUGGGUGAUAAAAUGGAGACCCUUUCCCUGGUGGGACUUGAACAUUUCAAAAGGGCACAUUAUUGGAUACUGUUGUCUUGUAAGGUAAUGCCACUAUGCACUGAAUAAUGCUUUGUAUAUACUAUGUAUUAGUACUCUAAUACAGUACAGUACAUAGCUAAACAUUUACAAACCCUUAAAUUUCUCCAAGCUAGGAACAGUUUCAGGUGUACAAAAUACUGCAGAAGAAACAGAUAUAUAAAAAUGAGCAGUUCAAUAAACAUGACAGGCAUUAAUAGUAUUUAUUUUUUCAUAAUCAAGUUUAUGUUCAGGUAAGUACAGAUUUUUAUUUAUACAUGCAUCUGUAUCACUUAAGUUACAUAAUUCAAAAGUCUAUUUCCCCCUCAAAAAUCUAUAAACUUUAUAAAAUACAGAUUGGACUAGUAUGUUAUGACUCAUUACUUCUUACAGGGUGCCUACUCAAGUACUGAACAAAACUAAUAAGCAGGUAGGAAAUAUGCAUUAGUAUCUGUAUUAAUGGGUCUGAACCAAUCAGGUUGUGCUGGUAUAACUUCUGUACCCAUCAAUUCUGUUCAUUAACAUAACCACAGUUCUUUAGAAAGUACUAUGCAUGCAUGUGACAAAACAAACAAGAUGUGAAUUAACACCAGCUAAUGUAACAAGGAUGUUUUCUUUGACUGUUCAGACUUUGAUAGUUGCAAAAAU